GGACGGGUUGUGUGGAUGCGCGUGCAAGGGCGGUAGUCUUGUGGAGCAACAGUAGUAAUAGUAAGGGACUGCCAGCUGCCAUUCGAACAUGACAAGGAAGAGAAGGCAGGGCUAACAUGACCAGCUGGUUAUCAAAAAACUCCCCUUUGAAGGGGUCGCUGGUGGCCCGGUUCCGUACCAUUCUGCCAGUCAAAGCAGAAGAGGAUGUUGUAGUGUACAGGGAGAGCUUCCAGGUUCACUGGAAGAUAGCCUGGGCCAAGAUACAGUCUUUGGAGGAAGGUGAUGCUGUCGCCAUGGAAGACGUGAACUGCGUGCUGAACCACGUGGACCAAGUUGCGUCUCUGCUCUGCUGGGAGCUGCGGUCGCCGGCCACGCCGGUCGGUGACGAGUCCCAGCCCCGCCUGCUCGACCUGUUCCUGGAGGAGCGUGUGCCCGAGCGCCUGCUGGCCUGGAGCCGCCGCUGCGGCGCCUUCGAGCCGCUGCUGCGUACCGAGCUGCUGCGCCUGCACGAGCAGCUGCUGCGCGAGGGCGGCGCUGUGCUGCUGGUGCAGCGGGCCGUACUGCGUCCACUCACCGAGCUGUUGCUCACCUGCCGGCGCGCGCGCUUGGCCGAGCUGGACCGCCAGCUGCUGCAGCUGCUGUCAACACUGUGCACUGUGCUGCACCGGCAGCCCGAGCUGCUCGACCUCUUCCUGGACCUGCAGCCGGACGGCACCGGCACCAGCUUUGUCAUCUUCUCACUGCUGGUGGACUUCGUGCACGCCGAUGGCGUGGUUGGCGAGAUUGCACGCGAGGCCCUGCUGCUGUGCAUGCGCCUGUCGAGCGAUAGUGACCAGCUGGCGCAGUAUAUCGUCCAGCACUCCACCUUCUGCCCGGUGCUCGCCACGGGGCUGAGUGGGCUGUAUUCUGCACUGCCCCGGACGGCGCCGCCGCCGCCGCCGUCGCCACCGCCGCCGUCGCCGCCGCCGCCAUCCGAGCUGGACGCCUUUGUCGGCUCGCUCCAGUUCUGCGACGCCGUCCUCCAGAGGUGCCAUCCGCUCAUCGCGACCCAGCUGCAAGAGUACGUCUACCAGGGCUUCCUGGUCUCAGUGAUGGGCCCCGCCCUGCACCAGACCUCAGUCGGGGCGGUGGUGACAGCCACCACGUACCUGGAGCUGUCCAUGCGCAGCGUGAGGCAUCCGCGCAUGGUGCGCUCAUUCCUGUGGCUGCUGCUGCGCCACCGGCACGACGGCGUCCGUCUGCUGGACACGCUGGUCCAGCGCAUCGCCGCCACGCCCAAGCUGUCUGUGGUGACCCUCUCCCUGCUGCACGCGCUGCUGGACCUGAACUGCGAGGACGUCAUGCUGGAGCUGGUGUUUCGCCACCUGCUGCCCUGCACACACAUCAUGGCGUCGCAGCGGACCCGGAUCGGCGAGCUCGACCCGUACGGCGACGGCGCCCGGCGCCUGCUCGCGCUGGGCGCCGCUGCCGACGGGCCGCAGAGCGUCGCUACCGACGGGCCGCAGGACGCCGCUGCCGACACACCGAUGUUGGAGGGAGCGGUCGUCGAUAGAGACCCGCACGCCGAGCCCGAGCCGCGGCUGGACGUCUUCGACGGAGGGCCUCGGCCGCUCGAUACGGACGCGGCCCAGCCCUGGUCCGCGUCGGACCGUGUCGAGGCGUGGACCACCUCGACGGCCGCGGACUGGGCCACGUCGCCGGUCACGGUCAGUCCCAGCGACAGCGUGGCGGAGCUCGGUCUGGGCAUCCUCUCGCUGCUACCGGACGAGCCGCCGUUCCUCAGCCAACCAUCGUCCACCGGCGUGCUGCGAGGCGGCCCCAGCAGCUGCCGCUCCGGUUCCAGACCGCUGACCGAGACGGGUCCCGACGCCAGCAAGCUGGCCGCCGCCGCUGACGAGCCAGCCACAGAUACUGACGAGCCGUCUUCAGUCAUCGACACAGCGGACCCGCUCCCGUCCAAGCCGCUGGUUCCGACACAGUGGCGACCGGCUUCCGUUCGCUUGCCAGCGCCUCGACCGGCACUGGCCUGGCAGCGGCCGUCGCACGGUGCGCUCAGCGCGGCGCCCACGAUAGGGCCGUUCCUCUGGGCGCUGCUGGAGCGUCUGGAGCUGGCCACCACGAACGGUCUGCAGCUGAACCUGCUGCUCAUGUCGGUGAUCACGCGGCUCGGCCAGUACCCGCAGCCGCUGCUGCGCUCUCUGCUGUUCAACCCGACCAUCGUGCUGCAGCCCAGCGUGCCCUCCUUGGCCCAGACGCUGGGCGGCUUGAAGCACCGGAUCGACCUGGCCAUGCGCUCUGUGCAGGAGGGGCCGGCGCUGCUGGACUGGGCCCGGCGGCGGCUGGAGGCCCGCCAGCCGCCGGCCUGCACCCCCCGACCACGCCUCGGCCGCCGCCCGGCCCGCCUCGCCGGCACAAGCGGCUUCAGCCUCGCCCCGGAGGCGAUGGAGAACGCGGACGGCCCGGCGGAGACCUUCACCCCUGAAGAGCGGCGCGUGCGGUAG